GGCCAUGGCCGCGUGCGAUCCUGCGUUUUCAACCAGCGCUUGCUCGCUCAUUCCUCAGCACCGCCGUUGCUCAUUCUACGCCUGUCUUUUACUACUACAGGCAUUGCAUUCUUCUCCCAAUCCUUUGAUUUUAAAAUACUGUUUGUGUUUUUUCAGGGGAGGGUUGAGUUGAAUCGAGCGGAGCUGAGGUGAACGGCACCAGGUUGGUGUUGUUGUUGCUUCUGCUGCGCUGGCUAUGGCGAGCGCUGCUCUGAGCAUGGGGCGCCAUACCUCGCUGUGCACUCCCCCGAUAGGUGGGAGUUCGUUACCUUCAGUGUCAGGUUUCUGUGGUGACUGUGCCCCCGUUAUUGGUUCUUUCGAAGUCUCGCUAUCUAUUGACCAGCGGAAAUUGCGACUCGCCUCAGUGCGGGCUCUUCGUCGGUUUCAACAGAGUCCUUUUAUUCUCUCUCAAUCUGUAAGCCGGACAUCCUCAAAUAACAACUUGGGUACUGUCCGGCAUCUUAGGUUCAGGGCCUCAAGCGGUGAAAAUCAAGCAGUAGAAGGUGAAGAAGAAAAGAAAGAACCAGCAAACACAACCGAGAAGUCCACUUCUUCAGGGACCUCAAACCCAUCCCCAUUUGCAGCUGGGAAAAUUUCAUCAAAGAUCGCAUCGCAACAAUCCCAGCAAGCUGAGAAUGGGAAGAGCUCAGUCUCUCCGGCUACAAAAGAAGCUGCUGCUGUUCCAACAACUACAGCAACGGAUUCCCCAAAGUCGGCUCCAAAGCCAGUUUCCGCGGCAACACCAUCAGUGUUUGUGAAAGCCCCUGCUGCUAAACCAGCAUUUACUGUGAACCCAAAGUCUCCUCUCGAUGACGGAUCUGAUAGCCCUUUCCCUACUGGAAAAGUGUCACCAUUUGCAGCUGAUAGAUUGAAAUCGCAGAUGGCGUCUCCCCCCAGCCAAUAUAAUCGAACUAGCUCAGGGCGGACAAUGAUAAAUUCUGGAAAGCAGGUCCUUGAUGCUUUCAAACAGGGGGAGAAGGAUGGGAAGACGACUAAAUUUGGGCAACCCAUCGUACCCAAGAACAUAUUUGACGACGUGAGGCAGACUCAGGAGGAGAAAGACGCUGAUAAGUUUUCAUUCAAUUUGAGACCGGGUGAUAUCUUUUUAAUCUUCUCGUUUUUGUUAAUUAUAGGGCUUAUGUUAGGCACGGCGUUUCUAGUAUGGAAAGUGGGUGGUAUCCACUACAAUGAGUAAAUCGAUUCUUAUUUCCUUACUGAAAUUGGUGGGUUGGAAAUUAGUUAUUUAGAUCAGACAAUAGGUAAAGUGAGAAAGACUUCAUCAUUUCAUUUACCUUGAUUCGCAUAUAUUGAUGCAGAGGUCAACUGUGUAUGACUAGAAACAACGUUUUAUGCUCUAUCGAGGCGGCAGUAAUAGUAGUAGCUGCUCAUGGCACACCCAAGGAAGUUAGUAGUGACCUCUAUCGCCGGUCUUUCCAGAGUCUUGGAACGCCUAAAUUUAGCAAUAGUCAGAUCUCAAGUUGAAUAUUUAGUCGGGAAUUAUUGAUUAUAGGCUAUUGAAGGGUGCAAUAAUUUCAACCCAGAGGUUGUUAUGCCGCCUUGAAUAGUGUCUCUUGACAAACAUCUUCAACCUGUGCUUAAAAUUGCAGAGUUCCUGCUUUGAGUUCAAUAUCAAGCUACCAGAUACAUUUUUGUUGACCCA